CCUGUUAAUUAGGUAGUUAAUCGUGCAGUUUAAUUAUUAAAAAAACUAAUAUUACCAAGAAAUUUUUGUUAACUGAGAUGCGCCCCCUAUAGGCGGAUGAGAAUAUUUGCUAUUUAGUUUUACUGUAUUAAUGAAUGGUAAAGCUAGUUCGUUGAUUUCGUUUUUGUCGCUCCGAAGAUAAACGAUGGCCGAGAAAGUGACGCCAACUAAUCAGUCUGCGUUAUUAGAACAAUAUCUGAUGCUUGCAAAGUUAAAAGGAUCAUCCGCUGUCGAGUUGAUACGUCAGGUAUUGGAAGCGCCCUCCAUAUACGUGUUUGGAGAAUUGCUCGAUCUUCCAUCCAUUCAAGAGCUCAAAGGAGGACCCGAUGAUGCUUAUUAUCAGCUUCUAAACUUGUUUGCUUAUGGAACUUAUUCUAAUUAUCUAGAAAAUGCCGCCCAUCUUCCACCUCUCACUCCUUCUAUGGUGGCCAAGUUGAGACACUUGACAAUAGUGUCUCUUGCUACUAAAUCUAAAUGCAUUCCUUAUUCGACCCUUCUAAAAGAGCUAGACUUAAAAAAUUUGCGCGAGUUGGAAGAUCUAAUCAUUGAAGUCAUCUAUGCGGAUGUGGUCAGCGGCAAAUUAGACCAGAAGAACAAUCAGCUGGAAAUAGACUACACCAUCGGAAGGGAUAUCCGUGCCGACGAUAUAGAUUCGGUGGUGGCCGUCUUGCAGGAGUGGUGCGAUGGUUGCGAGAUGGUGCUGAGCAACAUUGAGACUCAGAUAACGAAGGCCAACGCUCUGAAGGACGGACACGUCAAGCUGAAGCAGCAGAUCGAGACCGAAGUUACGAAUAUUAAGAAAUCGUUAAAGGCGCAGGCUCAAGAUAGCGAAGAUCAAAUGGCCGGGGAUAUAAGAGAUGGAAGUUUGUUGGAUAAACCUAGUAGAAAACAGGCAAAGAGUAAAAUUAGAGGAACUGGAAAAUUUUGGCAGAAAUAAAUAUUUGUACAUCUGUAUUUAGCAUUCAGAUUGAGAAUUAUUGCUUUACGUUAAUAAAAAGAUAAUAAUUUGA